CACCCCGCGGUGGGCGGGGCCCGAGCCAGUCCCUAAAGCCACGCGGCCGCCAGCUCCGGGGCUAGUGCUUCCGACCGACCGCUGCGCGCUGCGCCCGGGCUGUCGCAGUAUCCCGUUGCAGUUGUCAUGUCCCGGCAGCUAUCGCGGGCCCGGCCCGCCACGGUGCUGGGCGCCAUGGAGAUGGGGCGCCGCAUGGACGCGCCCACCAGCGCCGCAGUCACGCGCGCCUUCCUGGAGCGAGGCCACACCGAGAUAGACACGGCCUUCCUGUACACCGACGGCCAGUCCGAGACCAUCCUGGGCGGCCUGGGGCUCGGGCUGGGGGGCAGCAACUGCAGAGUGAAAAUUGCUACCAAGGCCAAUCCAUGGAUGGGGAACUCCCUGAAGCCUGACAGUCUCCGGUUCCAGCUGGAGACGUCACUGAAGCGGCUGCAGUGUCCCCGAGUGGACCUCUUCUACCUACAUGGACCUGACCACAGUACCCCGGUGGAAGAGACGCUGCGCGCCUGCCACCAGCUGCACCAGGAGGGCAAGUUCGUGGAACUUGGCCUCUCCAACUAUGCCGCCUGGGAAGUGGCCGAGAUCUGUACCCUCUGCAAGAGCAAUGGCUGGAUCCUGCCCACUGUGUACCAGGGCAGGUACAGCGCCACCACCCGGCAAGUGGAAACAGAGCUCUUCCCCUGCCUCAGGCACUUUGGACUGAGGUUCUAUGCCUACGGCCCUCUGGCUGGGGGCCUGCUGACUGGCAAGUACAAGUAUGAGGACAAGGACGGGAAACAGCCUGUGAGCCGCUUUUUUGGGCAUCAGUGGGCAGAGAUCUACAGGAAUCGCUUCUGGAAGGAGAACCACUUCGAGGGCAUUGCCCUGGUAGAGAAGGCCUUGCAGGCUGCAUAUGGCGCCGGCACCCCCAGCAUGACCUCAGCCGCCCUCCGGUGGAUGUACCACCACUCACAGCUGCAGGGUGCCCACCGGGACGCGGUCAUCCUGGGCAUGUCCAGCCUGGAGCAGCUGGAGCAGAACUUGGCAGCGGCAGAGGAAGGGCCCCUGGAGCCAGCUGUCGUGGACGCCUUUAAUCAAGCCUGGCAUUUGUUUGCCCACGAAUGUCCCAACUACUUCAUCUAGGCCCAUCGUGGCUCAGGCUGCCCAAGGCUCUUCUGUCACCUCUUUUGCUCUCUCAUGCUUUUUCUAAUUUAGAACUGCCUCAGUAAAUUCUUAGGGACGGAAGUAUUUGGACAAAAACUUAACAGUAGAGUCACCACCAAACGAAGAAUAAAACCUCCCAGGAUGCUG